AUGCCGCCUGCUUCCCCCUCGGUGUCUCCCGGGGCGGCUGCGGGGGAGCGGGGCCCGCCCGGCGCCCUGGCGGAGAACAAAGAGCCGGGCGGGCGCGGGCAGCGGGCGGCGCCCGCCGGGCGGGGCGGGGGCCGCCGCCGCCGCCAUGUUGUCCCCGCUCCGCGUGCCCGGGCGGCCGCGCUCGGCUCCGGGAGGGCUCCGAGCGCAUCCGGGACACUCCCGGCCUUCCCGCCCUCCCCCCGGCGUUCCUGGCCCCGUGCUCGCCGCUCCGCUGCGUUUUGUUUUUCCCUACCCCGUCAAUUUAAUUUUAUUCUUUUGAAGAUUCUUCGUUGUCAAGCCGCCAAAGUGGAGAGUGCGAUUGCAGAAGGGGGUGCUUCUCGUUUCAGUGCUUCUUCAGGCGGAGGAGGUGGUAGGGGUGCACCUCAGCACUAUCCCAAGACUGCCAGCAACAGCGAGUUCCUGGGGAAAACCCCAGGGCAAAACGCUCAGAAAUGGAUUCCUUCACGAAGCACUAGACGAGAUGACGACUCCGCAAACGACAAAGAACGACAUGAUGCAAUCUUCAGGAAAGUAAGAGGCAUACUAAAUAAGCUUACUCCUGAAAAGUUUGACAAGCUAUGCCUUGAGCUCCUCAAUGUGGGUGUAGAAUCUAAGCUCAUCCUAAAAGGGGUCAUACUGCUGAUCGUAGACAAAGCCCUUGAAGAGCCCAAGUAUAGCUCGCUGUACGCUCAACUAUGUCUGCGACUGGCAGAAGAUGCACCCAACUUUGAUGGCCCAUCAGCAGAGAGUCAUCCAGGACAGAAGCAAAGCACAACAUUCAGACGCCUCCUAAUAUCUAAACUUCAAGAUGAAUUUGAAAACCGAACCAGAAAUGUUGAUAUCUAUGAUAAGCAUGAUGGUCCCCUCCUCCCUGAGGAGGAGGAACAGAGAGCCAUUGCCAAGAUCAAGAUGCUGGGGAACAUCAAAUUCAUUGGAGAACUUGGCAAGCUUGAUCUUAUUCAUGAAUCUAUCCUUCAUAAGUGCAUCAAAACACUUUUGGAAAAGAAGAAGAGAGUUCAACUCAAAGAUAUGGGGGAGGAUUUGGAGUGCCUCUGUCAGAUAAUGAGGACAGUGGGACCUAGAUUAGAUCAUGCGAAAGCCAAGUCCUUAAUGGAUCAGUACUUUGCCCGUAUGCGCUCCUUGAUGUCAAGUAAGGAAUUGCCAGCAAGGAUUCGUUUCCUGCUGCAGGAUACUGUGGAGUUGAGAGAACACAACUGGGUUCCUCGCAAAGCUUUUCUUGACAAUGGACCAAAGACUAUCAAUCAAAUCCGUCAAGAUGCAGUAAAAGAUCUGGGAGUUUUUAUUCCUGCUCCUAUGUCUCAAGGGAUGCGAAGCGACUUCUUUCUGGAGGGACCCUUCAUGCCACCCAGGAUGAAACUUGACAGGGACCCACUCGGAGGGCUUGCUGAUAUGUUUGGACAAAUGCCAGGUAGCGGAAUUGGUACUGGUCCAGGGGUUAUUCAGGAUAGAUUCUCACCCACCAUGGGACGCCAUCGUUCAAACCAACUCUUCAAUGGCCAUGGGGGUCACCUCAUGCCUUCUGCUCAAUCCCAGUUUGGAGACCUAGGCAAAUCUUUUCUGAAAAGUCAGGGGCAAAGCCAACUCUACCAUACCCAGAAUCAGGGACUCUUAUCCCAGCAACAAGGACAGUCGAAGGAUAUGCCACCUCGGUUUUCUAAGAAAGGACAGCUUAAUGCAGAUGAGAUUAGCCUGAGACCUGCUCAGUCUUUCCUGAUGAAUAAAAACCAAGUGCCAAAGCUUCAGCCCCAGAUAACGAUGAUUCCUCCCAGUGCUCAACCACCACGCACUCAGACACCGCCUUUGGGACAGCCGCCUCAACUUGGUCUUAAAACAAAUCCACCACUUAUACAAGAGAAGCCUGCAAAGACCACCAAGAAACCACCUCCUUCUAAGGAAGAGCUACUUAAACAAACUGAGGCUGUUGUGACUGAAUAUCUGAACAAUGGAAAUGCUAAUGAUGCUGUCAAUACUGUAAGAGAAAUGAGAGCUCCAAAACACUUCAUUCCUGAGAUGCUGAGCAAAGUAAUCCUUCAAUCCCUAGAUAGAUCAGAUGAGGACAAAGAGAAAGCAAGUACUUUGAUCAGCUUGCUCAAGCAGGAGGGAAUAGCCACCAGUGACAACUUCAUGCAGGCAUUCCUGAAUGUAUUGGACCAGUGCCCCAAACUGGAGGUGGACAUCCCAUUGGUGAAAUCCUACUUAGCACAGUUUGCAGCCCGUGCCAUUAUUUCGGACCUGGUGAGCAUUUCCGAACUGGCUCAACCACUGGAAAGUGGCACCCAUUUCCCUCUCUUCCUGCUCUGUCUUCAGCAGUUAGCUAAGUUACAAGACCGUGAAUGGCUAACAGAAUUGUUCCAACAAAGCAAAGUGAAUAUGCAGAAAAUGUUACCAGAAAUUGACCAGAACAAGGACCGCAUGCUGGAGAUCUUGGAAGGGAAGGGGCUUAGCUUCUUGUUCCCGCUUCUGAAACUGGAGAAGGAACUGCUAAAGCAAAUAAAAUCGGAUCCAUCCCCUCAAGCCAUCUAUAAGUGGAUUAAAGAUAACAUUUCACCCAAGCUUCAUGUAGAUAAGGGAUUUGUGAAUAUAUUGAUGACCAGUUUCUUGCAGUAUAUUUCUAGUGAAGUAAACCCACCCAGCGACGAAUCGGAUUCUUCAUCUGCUCCAUCUAAAGAGCAGCUCGAGCAGGAAAAACAGCUGCUUCUUUCCUUCAAGCCGGUGAUGCAGAAGUUCCUCCAUGACCAUGUUGAUCUGCAAGUGAGUGCUUUAUAUGCACUCCAGGUGCACUGCUACAACAAUAAUUUUCCAAAAGGCAUGUUACUGCGCUUCUUUGUUCAUUUCUAUGACAUGGAGAUCAUUGAAGAAGAAGCCUUCUUGGCAUGGAAAGAAGACAUUACUCAAGAGUUUCCAGGGAAAGGCAAAGCUUUAUUCCAGGUAAACCAGUGGUUAACCUGGCUGGAAACUGCUGAAGAAGAAGAAUCUGAAGAAGAAGCUGACUAAAGAACCAGCCAAAGCCUUAAAUUGUGCAAACAUACUGUUGCUAUGAUGUAACUGCAUUUGACCUAACCACUGCGAAAAUUCAUUCCUCUGUAAUGUUUCACAAUAUUUAAAGCAGAAGUAUGUCAGUAGGAUAUUCUCUGCAAAAGGUUUUUGUAGUAUGUCUUAAUAGUCUACAAUAAAAAUAUUUUAGAGUAUCUUCAGUGUUUAGAUAACAGUGUAUUAGCAGCAUGCAAUAAUUACAUCAUAAGUUCUCGAGCAGAAGCAGUCUGUUGCAAGGGUCUUCUUUGCUGCCAGUUAUCAUAGGCUGUUUUUAAGUUAGAAACUGAAUAGCAACACUGAAUACUGUAGAAAUGCACUUUGCUCAGUGUAAUACUUGAGUUGUUGCAAUAUUUGAUUAUCCAUUUGGUUGUUACAGAGAAUCCUUAACUGUAAUCGAUGGUUGUUGCCGUAAUAGUAUAUUUGCCUGUAUUUCUACCUCUAGUAAUGGGCUUCAUGUGCUAGGUUUUAAUAUCCUUGAGCCUGGGCAAGUGCACAAGUCUUUUUAAAAGGAACAGUUUACUUGCACAAAAACUGAUAGGCUGAAGAGAUGGUUUAAUGCCCUUUUGGAAGAGGUUUUUGUGGGUGUGAAACAUGACAUGGUGAGAAAUUUGAAUUGGUCCUUCUUACAGUACUGAAAUUAAGUCUAUUAAUUUAUCAAGACAUGUUCAUGCCCUGAUUUUAUAUACUUGUAUCUAUCAAUAAUAAACAUUGUGAUACUUGACUUGUUUCUGAAUGUCUCCCAGUAGAAAAGCUUUGGCUGAUGACUUGUUCACUUAAGAAAGGAACCAUCAGUGGGAGUUGCCUUAGGUUGCAACCAUCCUAAAAUUACUUUUACACUCCUUGUCUGGAUAUGCAGAUGAAUUCUAAAUAAGGUCACAGACAAGAUGAGACACUACAGUUGUGUUGUGACAGGAGGAGAAUGAUGGGAUUCUGUUGAAGAAAUGGUAGGGGUUUGCCUUGUGGUCCAAUGUAUGCUUUAUCAGUGAGUAUGUGCUUUUGACUUGGUUAAUGCUUUGAGCUUCCCCCCAGGCCACAUGCAUGUUUCUGAAUCACGUGGCACUGUCUGUUAGCUGCCUGUUUCUCAAAUUAAAUUGGCAAAAAAAAAAAUUCCUACAAAAGAGUUGAAUGAUGUUGCAUUGUACAGGCUUGAAAUGUCAUCUAUUAAAUACUCAAAACACCUUACUUCCUAGAACCUUGUCCCCAGUGAGUUUUUUUUUGUCCUUAUUGAUACUCCAGACUUAACCUGUUGAAAAGUGAUGUAUUUGCAGUGGCAAAAGCAUAGUGGCUCCUGGACUGGAGCUUUGUUUGCCAGUGGUGUGAGUGCUGUAGCCUGUAAGCUGUUAAGCAUCACAGGAGGUGAAGAAGUGGAGCCCAAGAAAAGGACUAGAGCUGAUAACUAGGUUUGCUCUGAGGAAAGAGGGGAGUUGGAAUUGGCAGUGGAGCACCUUGUAACAGUACAGCUGGAAAAGCAUGUCAUGGUUUGCUUUGAAGGGUUCCCUAACUCCAUUCACAGCUCUGUUCUCCUGAGUGUGAGCUGUGCUGUCGGGGAGUUCUGCUACUGCCUUGGGAGCUUCUGUGCAGCGUGGAGCCCAGCAAAGCCAGGGACUGCUCUACAAGCCAAGUGACAGCAAGGCUAUUGAACUUGAAUUGCUGUCAGAAUUCCAUGGCACCAUCCCUCAUGUCAGAAAUGGGGUGUAUUCAGCAGUUAAGGGAGAGCAGGGGAUACUGCUGUGGGUGGGGUCCAGUUAAGAUAGGAAUGCUUCAAGUGCAGCUCAGUGGCUCGAGGUUGAGAGCUGGCUGUGGGUGAGGGAGCUGCACCUCCUGGGGGACAGUGGUGAGCACUGACAUGGGCCUUCCCAGAACACUUAAUGGUAUGUUCCUCUGAAACUCAUGACUCUCCCCUCUCUGUGGAGUGACUUGGUCACUGCUAGAACGAGUGGUGCAGACUUCCCUCCUCACUGCAUGUUCAGGCUCGGGUGCAUGUGUGCUACAGGCACUAAGGUUCUGCAGUUCAGUACUCAUUUAACAGGAUGGACAAAUACAAGUACAGCUACAGGGUUCAUUUAGUCCUAAUUAGUUCAAAAUUCCAUUCCAAAAUUGCAUUUUUAAGUGUAACAGGGUGCUGUGAAGUGAAAUUUACCAUUGUUUCACUAACAGUGUUGUGUUUUUCCAAGUUUGUCUGUUUCUCAUUGAACUUGGUUGUUACUGCUGGUUGGUUUAGUGGUGUAUGGUGCUAUAAUACUUCCUGUGGAGAUGGUAAUCUGUGUGUGAAGCAUGUGAUGCACUUUGCUCCUGUGCACUGCAGAGGGAAGAUGGGGAGGAACCACAAGGCAGGAAAGAGUGGUUUCCAACUCAAGUUAUAUCAGAGUUGAGAAGGUAGAAGGAUGUGCAAGUAAAAACGUGGGAACAGAUCCCAAAUCUGCAGCUGAGCUUUUCUGCCACACUUUGGAGAAGGCUGAGCUGGCAGCUGUGGGCUCCUUAACACAGUAACUAAUACAAGCCUUGUGUUCUUGCCCAGUCUGACAUGUCCUUACUGCAGCCCUAUGUACCUGUGCAUGGAGGCUUUGCUGCUUGGUUUCUUUCUAACUGACCACUGAGUUAGGAACUCUGGUAGAGAAAACUACAGAAAGAACAACUAAAAAUGCAGAAUAGAACAUAAACAGUAGAAAAUGCCACAAAAAGGUGGAAUUACCAUCACAUGACUUGGAAAAUCCUCAUGCAGUGUGAACAGUUGUGGGUUCUUCAAACUGAUGUAAAAAUGGUGCUUUCUGCAGUGUGCACAUCAAAGUGGUCUCUCCAUAGAUGAGGAGAGGUGGUAGCAUCUUCAUGAUCUUUACUGCUGCUGAAGUUUUUAAGUGCUCAAGUGCAAAACUUGUGGCUAAUCUGGAACAGGGAUGGCUGUUGGUUGGUUUCACUUCUGUGUUCCUGUUGACUAUGAGUGGCAUUGUACAUAAAAUGUAAACAGAGUGCUUAAUUCUACAUAGUAAAGUCACAGUCAAAAUUAAACCACUGUAACCGAUAAA